GAAUCCCUAAUUGAAAAAUUCCUUCCAAAAUAGCUGUACUCUUGACAAAUAAGCAAAAGUUAAUUUGGGCCCGACUGAUGGAUUAGAGCUAUAAAAAAAGCCGAGCUGAGAAGCCCAAUAAUGGUAAGAUCGUUAAAGCCCGUCUUCUUCUUCUUCCUUCACCUUCACAUACGCCAUUUCCACUUAUAGACUCUGCUAGAGCGAGAAGAGAGUUGAAUUUCUUGGGAAAAGGGUGAAAAAAAUGGCGCAUAUGAUGAGGAAUUUGAAGGUGCAGCCUAACUCAACGAGUUUGGAAGAAGCACGGAAAAGGACCUUCGAUUUUUUCAGGAUGGCGUGCAGAUCCAUUCCCAGUAUUAUGGACAUUUACAACCUCCAAGAUGUUGUUGCUCCUUCAGAGCUCCGCUCCUCUGUCGCUGCCCAAAUCCGGAAAAAUUCCCAUGUCUCCAACCCCAAGGUUAUUGACAUGCUGCUUUUCAAAGCAAUGGAAGAACUUAAGGACAUUGUGGAUCAUUCUAAGCAGAGACACCACAUUAUAGGUCAAUAUGUUGUUGGAAAUAAGGGGCAAGUGCAGGACUUGGGAACCAAGGAUGAAGGCAACUCUGAAUUCCUGAAGAAUUUUUACACAACCAAUUACUUCUAGAUCCGUUGUUGAUUUUCUUCCCUACUCUAAUUGUCUCCUUGCUUGGGUAGCAAAUGCUCAAAUAAAAUUCUGCAGUAUUUGUAAUCAUACUUUUCUUUAUUUGGAGUUGGAGCACAAGCUUGAUAAAAUUUUUCAGGUGGCUAAUACUUUGAAGUAUGUGGAAAAAUAUUGGUCUCCAAAGUCCAUGUUCAUGAAAAUAUCAAUCUUUGGUGUAUUCUCUGUUCAAUAAACUGCACUGUAAGAUUGAUUUUGAACAUUCAAGCACGAUCAUGUAUUACCAUUACACCCGGGAAAUUCAUAUGCUCUUCCCGUUCCUAGAGUGAAACAUCCAUUUUUCUGUUGAAUGUUUGGCCUGAUGCAUUCAGACUAAUUCAGA